CCCUCCGAGGGGACCCGGCUCCCUCAGCAAGCGCGUGAGCGUCACCUCACCGGACCAACGGUCACAGGUAGCAGCGCGAGCUCCGCCGGCUCGGGCGCCAGGCACCGGAGGGAACGCGCUGCCUGCGCACGCGCCGGGUUCGCUCAGGCUCGGGCUCGGUCUGUUUCUAUCCCGCCAGGCGGCCACGGGCCCGGAGCAAAGGCUGGUUCCUUCGCCGGGUCCAAGCGCAGUGCCGCCAGCUGCCGUUUGGUGGAGGCUCCUCGAAGCGGGGAGGGGGAAGGAGCGCUUUGCCACAUAGGCAUUGCGGAGAGGAGAGGAGGGGAGGGGAGGUAGCGACCGGCUGCGGGGGGAGCUGGCCAGGAACUGGGGGAGCUGGUAGUGACCCCCGAGCGGGAAUUGGGGGAGCUGAGACACCCCUCGACAGGCUGUGGGGGGAGCUUGGCAGGAGAGGGGGGAGCUGAGUCACCCCCUCCCCCCCGACAGGCUGUGGGGGGAGCUUGGCAGGAGAGGGGGGAGCUGAGUCACACCCCCCCAACAGGCUGUGGGGGGAGCUUGGCAGGAGAGGGGGGAGCUGAGUCACCCCCCCCCCCCACAGGCUGUGGGGAGAGCUUGGCAGGAGAGGGGGGAGCUGAGUCACCCCCCCCCCCCCGGCAGGCUGUGGGGGGAGCUUGGCAGGAGAGGAGGGAGCUGAGUCACACACACACACACCCCAACAGGCUGUGGGGGGAGCUUGGCAGGAGAGGGGAAGAGCUGAGACACUCGCCUGACAGGCUGUGGAGAAGCAGAGUCCCCCCCUCAUAGGCAGCAGGGGAAGCAGGGCUGGAGAGGGGUGAGCCCAGGACCUGAGUGUAAUUGCCUCUGUGCUGGGAGAAGUCCUGGCCUCUGUCAGCCUGGGCCUCACUAUGGUUCUGGAUGAGACCUGGAUCUCGCUCCUGCUGAUGGUUGGCACCAUGAUGUUGGUAGGAGGGUGCCGGAAGCUAACCCAACGUCAUAUGUACACCCGACGCCCUCGCAUGUUUCUCCUGGAGGUGUUUGCCACUUUCCAAAUCUGUGCCUGCACCAAUGAGCUCCGGCUGCUGGCCAGUGUGCAGCCCAAGCCACAUGUUGCCCUCACCCUCACCUACAUUUUUACUGUCCUGCAUGGAUUGACGCUGACUGGCAGCACAUGCAACCCCUGUGGCACUCUGCAACAAAUCUUGGAUGGUGGGAUCUCAGUCAAGCAAGGCGGGCUGAAGAUUGGAGCCCAGUUCGCUGGUGCAGUGCUGGCCAGAAUUUACAUGCAUCGCAUCUGGUCCAUGGGGAUCAUCAACGUGCACUCUGAGGCACUGUCCGAGGGCUGCUGUAAUCCCAUCCAAACCACUGAGACCCAGGCUUUUUGCAUAGAGCUGCUCUUCUCCACCGUGUUCCAGCUGACCAUACUGCAAUUUGAGUCAAUUAAACCCAGGCUCAGAGUCCACCUAAUUGCUCUUCUCAUUACUAUGCUGGUGUAUGGAGGAGGAAACCUCACUGGAGCAAUAUUUAACCCAGCACUGGCCUUUUCAUUACAUGCAAGUUGUUUCCAUGACAAAUUCUGGGAUUAUUCAAUAGUGUAUUGGAUGGCACCUUCCUUAGGUACAGUACUUGUGGCCAUUGUGUGGGGUGAAAUCCUUCCUUUGAUAUUCUGAGAUAUUUUUAAAUGGUGAACUCCAGAACUACAUAUGUUAAAAAGAGACUCUUAAAAACAGAACUGAAUUGCAGCAACACAGUACAUAGAGGGAAGACACCAGGAUACCAGGCGUUGAGAACGCUGAUUUCCUUACAGGCUUUCCAGAUGAUUUUAUGUUUUGAAAUACAGUGUUAGAACUUUACAGUAGAACUUAAUUACAUAAAUUGGUAUGGUGAGAACAAGAAUGAAACUGUUUAUCACAUAUUUCUCAGUUAAGCCAUGUAUAUGAAGAAAAACACUAUUGCAAAAUGAACUUGUCACUUUAAAUUUAAUCCAAAAUGCCAUUCAUUGACCUUUCUUCCAAACCUAUAUAAAAUGUCAAUUGUAGAGAUAUACAAAAGCAAUCUGAAGUAGUUAGGUAUCUGCCACUACUGGUUUAAUUACAUCAGGCUCUUAUCCAUAUAUAAUACCCACAAGAGAGGGGAUGGGUUCUGAAAAUUUCAUUCUUCAAAUGAUCUUUGCAUAUUCCACUUGUGGCAUAUGUAGCUUCUGCAAGGGGGCAGAGUGGGGCAUGUGGCCCCAAAGGAUGCUACUUGCUAGAAAAAUUCCAAAGCUUGACACCAGAGGCACCAUUUCCCACAAGUGUAAACAUACAGAGGUGACACUCGAUAAAGAUGAGUUACUGAUAAGUACUAACCCACCUUUUCCUCUUGUGACGAAUCUGCCUCCUGCCACCUCGCUAUCAUGUAUUGGCUCAUUAGGGGCCAGUCCUGCAUGAUAGUAAAAGUUGCAGAAUCAGGCCCAUACUUCAAUUAUUUUUGUCCUCUCUUCUUCUGAAUACUAAGUAAUUAAUUCUUGGUCCUGAUUGACAGGAGCUCAUUUUCUAAUGUUAACUUCGCCUAAGACUAAUCAGUAUUAUGAGCAUGAGGAGUCUGAUGGAAGAAUUUGUUAAUACUAGUCAGACUGUGUACUCUGAUGACUAUUCAGAGAGCUUGAAUCAUUUGUGACUCUAUUAUGUCUCUUUAAAAGCUCUCAGUGGGCGUGUUUAGGCUUUAGUAUUUUCCUUUUACAUGGAGCAGUACUCUGCCAUACAAAAAAUAACCAGCAGAGCAGCUCUGCUGCCUCCGAAAAAGUACUCCUGCUGCACACCAGGCCAAACUGGUCAGAGUACACCUUUGCUUGUGGUGAAGACCACCCACAGGAUGUGAGCAUUCCACAGUACUGUAUGCAUUGUCACAGGGCAUUUCUCUCUCUAUGCUUUUAUAAUAUCAUUAACAUAGAAAACACUUUGGCCCCUGCUCAUCUGCAAAAACAUAAUUGUUUAAAAUUGUAUGUAGAGGGGCUGGUUGUAUUUCUCCAUUUAUGUUUAGCAGGUUUGAAAGGGGACAAAGUUAACAAGUUUUAUAUGUAAUUGAGAUACUGAAGCAUGGGACUCUCAAAGCAGUCAGGAGAUAUUGCACUAUUAGAUUCUGGUAUAAAACAGUAACCCCACCCAGACUUUAAAAAGCUAUAAGGCAAAUAUUUUAUGGUUACCAUUAGGUAUUUUGCCUGUAGCUGCUCUGAUUAAUUUUUAGAGCAAGUGGUACUGCCACAUAUAAGCACAUUUUGCCUUUUUUGUUUUAAAUAGCUGUGCAUAUGUAAGAUGUUACAAAUGGCCUUCUAGUCUCUUGGCUGUUAGCCUUAUCUCAGCUAAGUUUCCUCUUGACUUAAGAUGAGGAGUGGGUUUACUUCAGAGCCAAUCCAAGUAGUGCUGUGUUAGUAAGACACAAAACUGAAAAACAAAUGUCACCUCAUCAACAUACUUAGUCUACAUUAGUCCAGGUCUGCAAAUGUUGCAAACCCCUGAUCUUUCUCCCAGCACACAAUAUAAUGCAUUUAGGAACAGCCAGAGAGA